CUUUCAACUCUCAACCCUCGACAUUAAACCCUCGACCAAACCCAACUCCUGCUGUUUGGUUAGGAACUAAUGCAAGAUUCAAAGCUUCUCAAUCUGCGAUUUUUACACAUGUAAGACAGACCUGCUAUCUUUCUGUUAAAAUGGAAAAUUAUCCAAUAACAACUAACAUGGAAAAAACGGAUGAACCUCGUCAAAAGAAUGCAGAUAAAUACUUAAAAACACUUGUGCGUAAACUUUCAAACUCACAGAUGUUGAAUCUAAAGACAAACUAUACCGUGUUUUACCACCAUAUUGUUAAGCCAUGGGAUACUUUCCUGGCUGCCAUUUGUGUUAUUCAUCAGUAUUGUGUCUUUAGUCAUAUCUUGCUGAUGGAGGUAAAUAAGUUGUUAGUUGACAAUAACCGCAAAGACACAAGAAGAUUAAAAAAUCUGCAGCAAAACCUUACCCGCUUAACUAAGUGUUUGGAUGAAAUAUCUCUUCACUACUCGAAAUUUGCAUUUAGGAAGGAAAAAAUUAAAAAAAUAAAAAAAGUAGUGAAAAAGAUUAGAAAUGACAUCCGUAAACUUCCUGAAAUAAACCAUCUCUAUGAUUUAAAACUCACAAAAGAUGAUAUUCUGUGCUCAGUGCUUGGUUUGAAACGUGAGGUCGCUUGCAGGCUUCACGAUCUAAGUCAUUACAUAAGAAAACACAAGAGUGACAAGAAAAACUUACUCCAGCUUUUGAAAGAGUUUGAGGAAGAUGACAGCAUUAAUAACCUCAGAAAUUCAAAUGAUGUUGCGGUAAUUUUGCAAAGGAUUGGAUUUACAAAACAUCGAUCUGAUUUUAUUGCCAACUGGAUAGUAAACAUGGAUGAUCCAGAUCACAAAUCAAUUUUAUCCUGGGUGGAAAUUUACAUUGAAAAUCAUUUUCAGUAUGAUACCGUUUUAAAUGAUAAAGUCUUGGAUUUCCCUUACAAACAACAUCGUUUAGAUAAAUGGUUUCAAGAGUCUGUGUCACGCUUUGAUGAAGAGGGAAAUUCCCAUCCUCAUUCAGUUAACAUAAUCAAUGUUAAAUCUCAGGAAGAUGCUCGUCAACAGAUUGAAAAGAUUGAAAUCAAAGUUUGGCAAAGUAAUCCGGGAAUGGAAGUGUAUUUCCAUUGCACUGAUCACAAGAGUGCUGAAAAUAUCUUGGAAAACUCAAUUCACCUGGGUUAUAGUCGAGAGAAAUCAGACUUUUCUGAUGGAGAAGGUUUUUAUGUGGCAAAUGACGUACAAUACGUAUUAAAACAGCAUGGCACGACCAGUUCACAUAUAGCUAUUCUCAUGUUUGACAUGACUCCAACAAAACAGAGCAAGUUCAAAGAAAUGAAUUUAUCUAGUUCUGAAAAAAUAGAAGACUGGAAGUCAAUUGUUCAGUAUUUUCGCUCUGGCAAGAAAAAUGUUAAUAAUUUAAGCCAGAGUUUGCGGUCACAGAUAAGAAAUUGUGAUUACAUCAGAGGACGUGUUUCUUGUCGUGGUGCUAGUCUAAAUUGCGCAAACAACAGUGUUGAGCAGAUUUGCAUAAAGAGUCAAGAAUUGGCUGACCUAAUAGGGUAUCCAUCGUCAAUUUUAGGUGUCCUGUUCAUUGAGGCUCAGUCAGGUUGGAUGAACAACUUCUCUGAGUCUUCUAAAAAUCAAUCUUUAAAUUGGGAUUCUGCUGAUAAAUACUCCAGUAACAACAAUGAUUCUGGGUUCUCAGAAAUUCAAUCUUCUUCCAAUUCAUCUUCUAACAAUUCAUCCGAUAGCCACUCCUGUGACAUCCAAUUCUAUUAUGCCGACGCCAGUUACAGUCUAUGAUUCAUCUGAUAGCCACGCCAGUGACAUUCUAUGAUUUAUCUGAUAGCGACACCAGUAACAAAUUAUUUUCUGUCAUUAGUUUUAGAAUCAAAUGACAUUCCAUCCUCUAAGUUAUUGAUCAACUUCCAUAAUUUCUUAAAAGAACGAUACAUAUUAAACAUUUCAAGUGAACAAAAAUUAUCAAUAAAGUAAACAUCUGUCAAGCUUAAGGAAGCACUUAACAAAAGAAAACUUAAAUUGGACCUCAAUAAACAAAUACGUCACACAAGCACUAUAGUCAAGAAUAUUAAGUAAGUGUAGUAAAUAAUUCUAGAUCAUUUAGUAAUUCGAUACCUCUAACUUAAAUAAUGUAACUAUUGUCGAAAAUGGAAAUUGCCAUUGUAUACAUUACGUGCCAUCAAGCAAUUUUUCAUUAUUUAUAUAAAACUUUGUAAAUAAUUUCAUGUUAUAUAUACGCCAAUAUAUAAAAGAAACCUUGCUGAUUUCUUCAUGAACCUAA